AUGGAGCACCAGCGAUCGGAAGGCGGGCGCCACAAUUUGGGUCCCAACGAAGAGGAUGCUCCGGUGCCAGCGGAAUUCCCGGAGCGGCAAGCGAGGGCUGAGCGCCUCGUGCUGCAGGUGAGGGCAGUCACCGCCCGCCACGCCUUGAAGGUCUUUGGCCGAAUUUUUUGGAAACGCCCGUUGGCGGAGACCUACGACCUGAGCUUUGUGACGGAAAGUAUCGGGGAGCUCUGGAGCCACAGCUGGCAGUUCUCUCCCGUGCGCAAGAUUUUCACCCUGCUGCUCCUCAAGAACGGUUUGAUGGCCGCGGUGCUGGGCAGUGUUGGGGCCUUGGCGGGCUGCCUGUUGAGCAUCUUCCAUAUUUUGCCGGUGGGCGAGGCGGAGCCGCCACGAGGCCUGUGGUACUAUCCCGCGCGCAGCAUGUGGUCCUUCGGCCUGGGCAGCGGCCUCUUCUUGCUCACGUUGCUGGCCUGGCCUUCCCAGGCCUCCAUUUUCCUGGAUCGCAUUUGCAUUCACCAAAGUGACCCCCGGCUGAAGAUGGAGGGCGUGAUGAGCAUCGGCGCGUUUCUGAAGAGGUCGGAGAGGAUGCUGGUGCUAUGGGAUGCCAGCUAUAUGCAGAGGCUGUGGUGCGUCUUCGAGGUUGCCGCCUUUUUGAAGAGCCGAUCAGCUGAUCAGGAAGCCCACCUUCAGAUCGUUCCAGUCCACAUGGGCUCAUUUUGCUUGGUCUUUGGCAUGGCAGGUGCCAGCGUAUACGUCAUUGUCUGGAUUGUUUUCAUGCAUGGCGUCGUCGGCUGGGAGAUCCUAGUGCUUCUUCCAAUCAUCAUGACCCCCGCUGGAUUAUAUGCGAUCGCCGACGCUCGUGCAUAUAUGCGCUCAGUUCACACUUUACAGGAGCAGCUGGCUUCAUUUUCGCUGCGAAACUCGCGCUGCUCAUGCUGCGACUGGAACCAUGUCCGAAAUGGGACUCCGGUGCCAUGUGACCGAGAUGCAAUUGGACAUUGCAUCGGGGAGUGGUUCGGCGCGGAAGCGGAGUUCGAGCAUGCGAUCCACUCCGUGGUCUUACCCGCCUUUACCUCGCGCUUCGGCGAGCACCUCGUGCCGUUUCGGAUUUUCCUGGUGGCGACGGUCCCGCUUUUUUGGGGCAUGAUGGAUCUAGUUGCUGGAUAUGCGAUCAGUGAGCGAGGGCGAGAAGAAGGAGGAACCGUUAGCCUCUGGUGGCUUUUCGCAGGCUUCGGCAUUUGGUUGGGCGUGCUUCCUGCUAGCUGCGUCUGGAUUCUGGCGCUCACUCGAAGGCUAAGGGCGAGUCGAGGAAGAAUCCUGAACGCUGCGGUGAAUCUACUGAUUUUCGCUCUAGCGGCCCCCGCCUUGUGCUUCAUGCUGGGCCUGCAAAUUGCAGUCAGGGAUCUUGCGGACCUGGUUCUUGGAGGGGACCUUGCCACGCACCUUUUGCCAUUGUGGGCGGGCAUUGGCAGCAGUCUGCAGAUUUCGAUUGCGCUGCUCUCCUGGAACUUUGCCAAGCUUCGCGCGGUGGACGUGGCCCUGGUGAGGACCGACCCACAGCGAGCGCAAGAGGGCGGCUUCCGCUCCAGAGGAGACGGCUUCGUGAAGUGGCAAUCGUCAUCCGCGCCAGCCACUACGUUCGAGCUGUCGGCGGAGUCGAACAUCACCUGGUGGAAGGGGCUCAAGGUCAUUGCGGACAGCGGAGACGUGCUGUGCGACCUCGGGAUCCAGGACGGGGAGCCGCCGGCGCGCUGUGAGCUGCCGGGUGUUGAGCAGCACGAGCUGCUUUUCAGCUACAAGGUGGAGCUCUGGAAGGCCAAGUGGCCGGGCCACCACCACCAGCGGCUCGGGCUGCGAGACACCGCGCACUAA